GACAGAAAUGGAUGUCAGAAUUGAUGUCYUAUUUGGUGUCCUACCAAACAUUCACAGACCUGAAGAUCUAAAUCUAGAUAAGAAUCUCAGUGAGCUAGAUAAACUUGGUGGAAGAUCAGUCCUAUUUUUGCUAAAACAAGCCGUAACGUUCUAUUUCACUAAAGAUUACAAGUCUUGCACAUUUCACUCACAAACUGUUCUUGAUAUUACUUGGGAGAAAUUGAAUACUGGGCACUGGAAAGAUGUGGAUGUCACUUGGAGAAAGACUUAUUCAUAUGGGAGUCUGUUUAAAGCUAUGUCGUUGUACGAGGUUGGACAGAUGAAGGAUGCAUUGACAGCUUGUGAYAUGGGGCUUCUGUUAGGAGCUCCAGUAUUAGAUAAUAUACUAAGUAGACUUGCAAGUAAAAUGCAAGACAAUCAAACAAGUACUAWAAAGGAUACACCACCAGAACAAGGYUUAACAAGCAGUAUUGACAAACCUGAAGAUGUUAGCACUAUAUCAUGCCGAAACGACAGUCCUGAGAAUGAAGACUUACCAGCUYGCAAAAGACAAAAAAUUUCACACACUCCACUAAUAAACCCAAAGUUUGAAAUAGAGCACUGUAACUGUCCUUCUUUGGAAACAUUUUACAAUAAUUACAUGCUAAAAGAUAAGCCAGUAGUUAUAGAGGGGAUGCUUGAACACUGGCCCGCAACGACUUGCCAUAAGUGGAGUUUGAAUUACUUAAAAGAAGUUGCAGGCAGUCGCACAGUACCAGUUGAGCUGGGUUCAAAAUACACUGAAGAAUCCUGGACUCAAAAGUUAAUGACUGUAAAUGAAUUUGUUGAUAAGUAUGUAGAGCCAAGUGAGCUUVAUAAUGAAGUAGAAGUUGCAUACUUAGCACAGCACCAGUUAUUUGAUCAAAUUCCUGAGCUGCGGAAGGAUAUYAUUGUUCCUGACUACUGUUGCCUUGGAGACGAGGACCGUGAGGUGAUGAUUAAUGCUUGGUUUGGYCCAAAGGGUACGGUCUCACCUUUGCACCAUGAYCCUUAYUAYAAUCUAUUGACUCAAGUUGUUGGUGAGAAGUAUGUGAGGUUGUAUGGCAAGGAYGAAACUGAAAAUGUCUAUGCUCAUGAGUCAUUUCUUCUUCACAAUACAAGCCAGGUAGAUGUUGAGGCACCAGACCUGACAAAAUUUCCAAAAUUCAGAAAUGCUGUGUACCAAGAAUGCAUCCUAAAAGAAGGUCAGGCAUUGUUCAUCCCUCCUGGAUGUUGGCAUUAUAUCAGGUCUCUCUCUGUUAGCUUUUCUGUUAGUUUUUGGUGGUAAAAAUUCUAUUUAAAAUCUGUAAGAUGAGAUUUUUUGUACAGAAUGUCAAAGGUGGUAGUACUGGUUAUGAGUGAUGGUGUGUAGUAAAAAUUCAAGACACCUUURAGAYAAAAUGUUUUUAAAUUAUCAUUAUUAAAUGACAAACAAAAAUCAUACCAAAAAACAUAUUUUAUAUAUAUAUAACUUAUAGUGUUAUUACCUAAAAUUGAAUACAAAGCCAUUUAUUAUAGAUAUGUUCAUGCAUCAUGAAAGAAACCUUUCAUACUUCUAACUAUUCCCUGCCUUUACUAAAAAAAUAAUUUAGGCUGCAAAAGUACUGCCUCUAGUAAACUUUUUUGAUAAGAGUAACAAGUUUACUGGGCAUUUUGAGUGGGCCAUUCUGGUUGCAACUUGUUUUAGAACUGUGUUCCACGAUGUAAAAAAAACAUGUUAAUGUUGCACGGUAUAUAACAGAGGAUGUUACACUUUAUUAUAUUUYAAAUGUUCCUGCAGUCAUAAAAAUUGGAAAUAUCUUAGAUUAUGUAUCAUUUUGCUCUUGUAACCAACUUCUUCGAAACAUUGACCAUCUAACGCUUACUGUCCCUCUUAGCCGGACAGAAACUUAUAAGAAUUCAUUUUUUAUUCGUAUAUGUUGUCUGUGGAAUAAUCUUCCACUUAAUAUUAGGGAGUCAUGUUCUCUAUCUGUUUUUCGUAAGAAUUUAUUGACGUUUUAUCGUCAUWAAUUUCAUGUAAAUUUUCUUAGUUAAWUUAACUUUAGGUUAUAUUGUACUGGCAUAUGUAUCUAUUAUUAGUUAUUAGUAAAAAUACGCAGGUGAUUAUACUUAGAAAAUCUCGCACGCUKAUUGGUUAAGAAACUCACACUAUCACACGAUAAUCACCUCGAGCGAAAAUCCAAAAUGGCGGCCAGCSRCUUUGUUGCUGUUACCGGAAAAAAAUGCCUUUUAUCUUCUUUUUUUCUUUUUUUGAAAGAAUCACCUGUGUAUUUAUACUAAAACAAUUAUUCGCCAAAGGCGAAGUGAUUAUUGGGGAAUAUUUACCUUGCUGCUCGAAGACUCACGUCUCGAUAAAUAUUCCCCGAUAAUCCAUUCGUCUUCGGCGAAUAAUAAUU